GUUGCCAUACAGUCUAAAAGUCAAAACACGUGUGUGUGCGCAUUCUUUUUAGUGUGAACGAGCGUGCGGCUAGGAAUUAAUUGCGACCGGAAAAUAUAGUAAAUUAGUUUGAACAAUCAUGACGGAUCUGCUAAAAAUAACCGAUGCAAUCGUUUUGGAGUACCUGCAAUCUAAGGACAAGAACCUAGCCAAGGUUUUCCAACAAAAGACGAAGGCGGCCAAUGUAGCCAAAAACACUCCAAAGCUAAGUGAGAUUUUGCAGUUUUAUCAAACGAAGAGCACCACCAAGAUCCCGGCAAUCAAGGCGACGACGGCGGACAGCAGCGAUGACAGCGAUUCGGACUCUGAGGCAGAAGCGGCGCCAAAGAAGCCAGCAGCUCCUCUAACAAACGGUAAGGCCGCUAAGAAGGCAGCUUCUUCUAGCAGCGAGGACAGCAGCUCGGAGGAGGAGGCUAUACCCACCGCCAAGCCUGCAGCCAAGGCAACCCCUGUCAAGAAGGCCGCAUCCUCCAGCGAUGACAGCGACUCUGAUGAUGAGAAGCCUGCUGUGAAGGCUCCGGCCAAGGCUGCCCCUGCAAAGAAGGCGGCUUCAUCCAGUGACGACAGCUCCUCAGAAGACGAGGCUCCCAAGAAAUCAGCAGCUCCAGUAAAGGCCACUCCAGCCAAGCUAGUUUCUGCCGCAAAGAAGGCCGACUCCAGUAGCGAGGAAAGCAGCUCCGAUGAAAAUGAUGCAAAACCUGCUGUAAAGGCCACACCUGCUAAAGCUGCCCAAGCCAAGAAAGCCGCCUCCAGCAGCGAGGACAGUAGCUCAGAGGAGGAGGCUAAACCCGCCGCCAAGCCUGCAGCUAAGGCAGCACCAGUCAAAAAGGCCGCAUCCUCUAGCGAGGACAGCGAUUCCGACGACGAGCCAGCCGCCAAAAAGCCGGCGGUCCAGCCCGCUGCGAAGCCUGCAGCUUCUAGCAGCGAGGACAGCGACUCCGAUGAUGAGAAACCCGCAGUGAAGGCGCCGGCCAAGGCUGCACCUGCCAAGAAGGCGGCUUCUUCCAGUGACAACAGUUCCUCAGAAGACGAGGCACCGAAGAAAAACGCAGCUCCUGCAAAGGCGACUCAGGCCAAGGCUGCUCCUAAAAAGGCAGAGAGCUCCAGUGAAGACAGUUCCUCGGAAGACGAGGCUCCCAAAAAAGCAACACCUGCAAAGGCCGCACCCGUUAAGGCUACUCCGGCCAAGAAGGCAGCUUCAUCUAGCGAAGACAGUUCCUCGGAAGACGAAGCUCCCAAGAAAUCUGCUGCUCCACCAAAACCAGCUCCAGCCAAGAAGGCUGCCUCAUCCAGCGAAGACAGCGACUCUGAUGAGGAGGAGGCUCCUAAGAAGCCGACUGCCAAACCUGUUGCAAAGGCUACUCCCGCUAAGAAAGCCGAUUCCGAAGACUCUUCGGAGGAUAGCGACAGCUCUGAGGACGAAAAGCCUGCAAAGGCAGCUGCUGCCAAAACUCCGGUCAAGGCUGCCUCCUCUAGCAGUGAGGAUUCUAGCGACGACGAAACACCAGCGGUGAAACCAGCUGUCAAAAAGACGGCUGUUCCAACCAAAAAGGGAGAUAGCAGCAGCGACGACAGUGACUCUGGCGAAGAGUCUGGCGAGGUCAAGCCCCAGGCGGUGGCCAAUGGUGACGCAAAGCCCGGUCAAAAGCGCAAGUUCAGUGGGGGUGACCAGGACGAGGCCACUCCAAACAAAAAGUACAACAAUUUUGUCAAAUCGGGAGAUCAACAGCAGAAUGAUUUUAACUCCACACCCAACAACAAUUAUAACCGUAACAAUAAGUUCAAUAAUAGCGGAGGGGGAAGUGGCCGACGGUCACCAUUCCGGCGGGUUCGCACCGAGGAUGUGAUAGUGGACUCCCGUGUCCAGGAUAUGUCCUUCGAAGCAAAGAAAAACGCUGCCGGCUCUUGGGGCGAGCGAGCCAACAAAGACCUGAAGCACACGCGCGGCAAGUCCUUCAAACACGAGAAGACUAAGAAGAAGCGCGGCAGCUAUCGAGGCGGCCAAAUCGACAUAGGCGUCAAUUCUAUAAAAUUUGACUAGAUUUAUACAUACAUUAUGAAAUAAUCAAUAUUCUAACGGAUACGUUUAGUCAGUAAGCAAGCAGUAACUAUGUAUGUAGAAUAGUUUCUUUAUGCAAUAACUCUGCCAACUGGUAGACAUUUUCCAAACACUUGCUUUGACUUGAGGAGUCCGUACUUCUAACUUUUGUAGCCAUCUUUUCUCCCUUUAAAUAAUGGUUCUUAUGACUGUAACGGAUGAAACCCUUUCUUUGUCUGAUCGAUCUGGAUGUUACCAAUAACUUUGCUGACUUUUUAUAAACCUUUUAAACCAAAUACAUUUUAUUUGUAUUAUCUAUCAAAUCAUUGUUAAUCAUUAUUCUAAAAAGGUUUAUUGAAAAUCAAACACAAAACCCAAAGGAUUUUUCAGACGCUUAGGUUAAACGAAGGAUUGACUAUUUCGAUUAGUGUUUAAGACAUUUUCCGUUAUUUUGUGGUGAUAACCAGUUUUUGGUUCUCAUAUGUAAGAGUGUAAGAUCGCAUCAAAACUUCAAUAUGUAAAAGAUUAAAUCGCUAAUUUGUCGAUCGGACAAACAAUAAUUUUAGUUCAACUUAAGAUGAACUUAAAAUUGAAAGAAAUAUAUGUAUUUUUAAAUAACUGAA